AUGUCAAAGCCCACUCUGAUUUUCGCAGCGGGCGCAUGGUACCCGCCCACCAUAUUCGACCCAAUCAUCAAGGAACUCGGCGACUACACCUGCCACAGUAUCGUAUUUCCCUCCAUCCAGCAAGCCAGCUCAGUCGUCGAACUUGGACCCGACAUCGAGGCCGUGAGAUCUAUCACUCAACAGGAGGCAGACACCGGCCAUGACAUCGUCAUCAUCGCGCACAGUUGGGCCGGACUACCAGUGAGCAGCGCGUUGGAUGGACUGAGCAAGUCCGAGCGCGUAGCAGCCCACCAAAAGGGCGGUGUCGUCAAACUCAUCUUCAUCGCCGCUUUCCUACCUAACAUUGGCGAGGGUUUGAUCGGCGCGUUUGGUGGAAGGCCCCCGCCGUGGUAUGUGCGCGAUGACGAAAAGGGAACUGUGAGUGCCAGCGAUGCGCUCGUGCUGUUUUUUCAUGAUGUUGCCAACGGUGCGGAGUGGGUUAAGCUUCUCAAGCCACAUUCGUGGGCAACUCAGAAUGCCCCUGCUACCGGUGCAGCGUAUGUGAACAUUCCCUCCGCCUAUCUUUUGACUGAAAAUGAUCGCGCGACUCCGUUGCCGGUUCAGCAGGUGCUGGUGGAGCGGGCUCGACGGAAGGGGGCGCAAAUUGAAACUGAAAAAAUUCAAACAGGACACACGCCAUGGUUGGCCAUGCCGGGUCAGGUGGUUAAUUACAUCAAGAAUCAUGCUAGGGAAUCCGUAGAGGGAACUUCCUCUUCUUUGCAAUGA